AUGGAAAAGAUGGACAAAGCUGAGGAUGCGAUAGAUCCUGUUGCAUCUGUAUGGAGAUGUCUGAGGCAAGGGUACCCGCUGAUGACUAUCUUCAACGCCUCUAACCCUGCAGAACCCCUUACUAUCGACACUGAUAAAGUACCUGAGGCGAGGCGACCGAAAGCAGCCGCUUUCAAGUUUCUACAAGCUUGCCUUCAGGAUUUAGAGUUUCCGCAGCAGGACUGUUUCCUUAUCACCGAUCUUUAUGGAGAAAACACCACGGGCUUUGUGAAGGUCAUCAAAAUGGUUAGUCGUGUUCUGGAUAUUCUCGAAAUGCGGGGCCAACUUUAUCAAACUUCUACAGCGAGUGCAGUACCACACCAAGGGGAAAAGGUCAAGCUGACCCGCAAGGAGCAUAUUUUGAAAGAGUUGUUGGAAACCGAAAGAGACUACGUCCACCACCUUCAAAAUUUGCAGGCGCUGAAAAAGGAAUUGGAAGAAACAGGUGCCUUAAAUGGCGACUCAAGUCAUCAGAUUUUUCUAAAUCUCAAUAACCUUCUUGACUUUGCGCAACGAUUUCUUAUUAGAAUGGAGCAACACAACGCCCUUCCCGAAGAUAUGCAAAACUGGGGUGAGCUAUUCAUCCAACACCAGGAAGGGUUUCGCCAAUAUGAGCCUUUUAUUGCCAACCAACUCCGAUGCGAUGCUGUCUGCCAAAAGGAAUGGGACAAAAUCAAGGCGGCGCCACGCUCAGUUGACCUCCAACAAAUGGUGGCACAGCCAUCUACUCUCAACGGUUUUUUUGUCAAACCAUUUCAACGCCUGACUAAAUAUCCCCUAAUGCUCAUGGAACUUAAAAAACAAACCGAUCGCGAAGACCUUAUUGCCGACGUUGCCACCGCCAUCGACAUAGUUCAGACGGUUUUAGAUCGAGCUAAUCAUGCAGUUGAUAAAGAACACCUUGCCAACGCCGUUGACGAUCUCGCCUCUCGAGUUGAUGACUGGAAAGCGCUCAAUGUUGAGAUAUUUGGGGAGCUACUACGAUUUGGUACUUUCACGGUGUUGAAGGCAGAUGUAGGCAGAGAUGCAGAAAGAGAGUAUCACAUCUAUCUUUUCGAACGCAUACUGCUUUGCUGCAAAGAUGCGAAUCUCAACAAACAAAAGACCAAGCUUAUGAGCAAAGACAAACCAAAUGCUGCUCCGAAAGGAAAGCCACGGCUUCAAUUAAAGGGCAGAAUAUACAUGGCCAAUGUUACGGAAAUCCUGUCCCUGCAUAAGCCUGGGUCAUACAAAAUCCAAAUAUUCUGGAAGGGUGAUCCCGGCGUUGUUGACAACUUUGUUAUCCGGUACCAAAAUGAGGAUACCAUGCGCAAAUGGUACAAGGACAUUGACACACAACGAGCUAUUCAAACUGAAGAACGGGCGACAAGACACACGGGGACAUCUGAAACAGAAUUCACCUAUCUCAAGAUGGGCCCUAAAAUUCAAAACCCUUAUCGGGAGGAGUACGAGGCAGAGGAAGAGCUGGUCCGGGAGGGUAAUACUUUUUCGGAAUUUUCAGUAUCCCGGAAUGCUUCAAGUACAAGCUUGCGAGCGCGAUCUGCCACGGGAGGAAGUGGCAGCUCUGGUCCAAUCUCAAGUCGGCCUCCACCUCCACGAUUUCCGAUGCCAGAACCGCCUCUUUCGGUGUCCACCCAAUUUGCUAACGGGGCAAUAUCCCCCGGGGACCGGAAUGGAAAUUCGUAUUUUUCUCCAGUCACAGACCCUACUUCCUCGCGAUCAAGUCAGUCGACUAUGUUUGCGUACUCCCGCCAAGGCACGCCCUCAACUCCAUGGAUCGAGGACUCCAAUCGGACUGCCACCCAGUCACCGGGCAUUCAGCAACGCCAUGGACUCCCCCCUAACCCUUUUCCCGAGCCCCAGCUUUCUGGUCGGAUCGAGUCCCGCUCGCAGCCAGCGCCCACAUCGAAUCCAAUGCAAUCCGGCCUUUCCUCCCCUGUGAAUCAGGAGGCUGAACAGGAACUCUAUAUGCCCAGCCAACUGAAAGCCAAAGUUAACUUUGAUGACAAUUAUGUCACUUUGGUGAUCGCAAGUAACAUACUUUUCCGGUCUCUAACAGAUCGCGUGGACGCAAAGCUCGCCCGAUUCACUGACCGGUCCAUUGGGAAUAAAUCCGUGAGACUGCGGUAUAGGGAUGAGGACGGUGACUUUGUCACGAUAGAUAGCGAUGAAGCCGUUCAACUUGCUUUUAUGGAAUGGCGCGACCAGCACCAAAACAUGUUGGCCAAUGGCCAGGUUGGAGAAAUUCAACUCUUUUGCCAACCCGUCGAAAACUGA